AUGAGAAAGAACCAAAACCAUCCCAACCCUAGCUCCGAGGAUCACAUGGAGACUCGGGGAACUGAUACUUUAAAAGUAGGAACUGAUUCUCUGAGAGAAGGAGCUGAUAAUCUGGGAAAAGGAACUGAUACUUUGAUAGAAGGAACUGAUUCUCUGAGAGAAGGAGCUGAUAAUCUGGGAGAAGGAACUAAUACAUUGAUAGAACGAACUGAUACUUUGAUAAAAGGAACUGAUACUCUGGGAGGAGGAACUGAUAAUCUUGGAAAAGGAACUGAUACUCUGGAAAAAGGAACUGAUAGUCUGGGAGAAGGAACUGAUACUAUGGGAGAUGAUACUGAUACUAUGGGAGAAGGAACUGAUACUAUGGGAGAAGGAACUGAUACUAUGGGAAAAGGAACUGACACUCUGGGAGAAGGAACUGAUACUCUGGGAGAAGGAACUGAUACUCUGGGAGAAGGAAUUGGGAACUGA